AUGAUGAGUUUAUUCCUGAGCAUUCUUUCCACACUAGUUAUAGCAGGAUUUGUUCUAGGAAACUUUGCCAAUGGCUUCAUAGCACUGGUGAACUGCAUUGACUGGGUCAAGAGACAAAAGAUCUCCUGCGCUGAUGGAAUUCUCACUGGUCUGGCGGUGUCCAGAAUUGGUUUGCUCUGGGUAAUAAUAUUCCAUUGGUAUGCAACUCUGUUUAAUCCAGCUUUGUAUAGUUUAAGAGUAAGAACUGUUGCUGCUAUUGUCUGGGUAGUAAGCAACCAUUUUAGCCUCUGGCUUGCUACCAGCCUCAGCAUAUUUUAUUUGCUCAAGAUAGCAAAUUUCUCCAGCCUAUUUUUUCUUCACCUAAAAUGGAGAGCUAAAAGAGUGGUUCUCAUGAUACUGUGGGGGACUUUGGUCUUCUUGGUUUUUCGUCUUGCAGUGUUAAGCAUAGAUGAAGAAAUGAAGAUGAGUGAAUAUAAAGGAAACAUCACUUGGAAGACCAACUUGAGGAACAUUAUACACCUUUCAAAUUUGACUAUAUUUACGCUCGCAAACUUCAUACCCUUUUCUGUGUCUCUGACAGCUGUUCUGCUGUUAAUCCUUUCCCUGUGGAAACAUCUCAAGAGGAUGCAGCUCAGUGGUAAAGAAACUCAAGAUCUCAGCACCAAGGUCCAUGUAAGGGCCAUGCAAACUGUGAUCUCCUUUCUCUUGCUAUUUGCCAUUUACUUUGUGACUCUAAUCAUCUCAGUUUGGAGUUUCUAUAAUCCUCAGAAUAUACCAGUUUUUCUGUGUUUCCAGGUUUUGGCACUUGUCUAUGUUUCAGGCCACUCGCUAAUUCUGAUUUGGGGAAACAAGAAGCUAAAUCAGGACUUUCUCUCAGCUUUAUGGCAGGUGAGAUGCUGGCUGAAAGAAUGGAAACCUUCAACACUAUAGAUCAACAAGAGGGAAAUCAUUUGUGUUCCAGCAAAAAUAAAGUGAUGGAGCCUGUAACAUAUUAUACUUCCUACUGGUUUUACCACAGUGUAUAUAACUGAACA